AUGGCUGAUAUUUUUGCAAUGGACGACUAUGAGGCUCCUUCCUCUGUAAGGGAGUUGAACUAUCGACUUCUUGAAGAAGAGGCCAAUCCUCCUAGUCCGGAUUUUCCACCACCGGGUGUAAUUGUGGACGAAGCUCUACUAGUUGACGAAAAUUACAGCUCCGAUAGUGAUACGGUGGCGGACCUUUUACCAAUUCCGCUUCCCAUUAAGUCCAGGAAAAUGUCCAGCACCUCGAAAUACUCUUCGUCCUACGAGAUUGAUAUCAAUGAAUCUUUUGUGUCCUCGUCAUUACAAAAAGAAUGUUCUAUUGACUACAAACCUCGACUCGAUGAUUUUGAGCCUCUUAAAGUCUUGGGCCAGGGAUCUUACGGAAAAGUUAUUCUUGUACGUGAAAAGGCGACGGGAAAGUUGUUUGCUCAAAAGCAGUUGAAAAAGGCAUCUUUGAUUAUUAAUGACACCAACGAAAUUCACAGCAAAAACUAUCAACGCACUCUCAACGAAAAGACCAUACUAGAAAAAGUGAAUCACCCAAAUAUCGUCAAAUUAUACUACGCCUUCCAAGACCACAAUAAGGUUUACUUGAUUCUCGAGUACUUGGAUGGUGGGGAACUUUUCCAUCAUCUCGAUCAGCAGAAAUUUAUGAGUGAAAAGGAUGCUGCCUACUAUAUUGCACAAAUUGUUUUGGCUUUGAGGUAUCUCCAUUUGGACAUGAAAGUCAUUUAUCGUGACUUGAAACCAGAAAAUUGCAUGCUAAAUUCAGAGGGAAAUCUUGUCCUCACUGAUUUUGGAUUGUCGAAAGUGUCGUCUGAUGACGGUGCUAAACAUUCCAUGAUCGGAACAGCGCAGUAUAUGGCACCGGAAAUCAUCAAAGGAGAAGAUUACGACUAUUCGGUCGACUGGUGGUCAUUGGGUUGUGUUGCAUUUGACAUGUUGACAGGUGCUCCCCCUUUUACAGGCCAUACCAACGAAAGAAUUAUGGAUAAAAUUGUGCAUUCCAAAAAGCAUCUCAAGUUUCCUUUCUACCUCUCGUUGGAUGCAAAAGACUUGUUAAGAAAACUCUUACAGCCCAAUCCUGAGAAAAGAUUCAAUAUCGACGAGGAAUUCGAUAAGCUAAAAAGUCACCGUUUUUUUCGGCAUUUGGAUUGGCAAAGCCUCAUGGGUCCUGUCAGUGAAGAUUACCUACCACCUAUUCUUCCUGUUAUUACUGAUCCUAUUUUGGCUGAAAAUUUUGAUGAAGAAUUUACAAGCAUGCCAUUUACACCACCAUCAUCCUCUGCAUUAAAUCCAAGCAGCAAAAGUCCAGGUGACAUAUUGCAUGUUAAUGGGUUCACGUUCACCAACGAGAGUUAUUUGAUCAAUAUCUACAAAAAUGGUGCACAUUGA